AUGUUGCUUGAGCUCGCUGCCGUCUUGGGACUGAGCACGCUGUGCGCGGCGUUGGCCAGCCCGGGCGCGCCAUCCCCCGAAGGGCCCAUCGUCGACCUUGGGUACGUCAAGCUGUUGGGGCACCGCUCGGAAGGCGUCGAUUUCUUUGGAGGCAUUCGCUAUGUCCAACCGCCCCUAGGCAACCUACGUUUCAGAGCCCCGGUAAUGCUCGACGAGAAGACGCGCGCGCAGACCGUAACCGAUGCGCGAAACUGGGGCGAUAUAUGCAUCCAGCAGCCCGCGUCGCUAGACCUGGGCUCGGAGGAUUGCCUGACGCUUAACGUGUGGACCCCGCCGCACGCGAAGGAGGGCGACAAGUUACGGGUGGCUUUGUACAUCCACGGAGGAGGCAAUUACUAUGCUGUACGUGUGGCGAGCAGACCAACGGUCCACAUCGUUCGCGCUGACUUCUACCAGAGCGCUCAAGGAUUCCCCAUGAAUACCUGGGUCACCGGAAGCGGCGGGUCCAUCGUGGCUGUCAACAUCCAGUACAGGCUCGGCCUGCUCGGUUUCCUUGCGGCCAAGGAUGUGAUGGAGAAUGGUAGCGUGAACAACGGUCUGCUGGACCAGCGCGCGGCCAUUGCUUGGGUCAAGCGCCACAUCUCGAAAUUCGGGGGCGAUCCGAACCAGAUCACCCUUGCAGGGGAAAGCGCUGGCGGAGCGGAUUUAAUCUGGCAAAUGAUUGCGUACGGCGGUCAACAGAAGCCCGAUUUCCAAGGGAUCAUCGCUCAAAGCAUUGGCACGGAUCCUACACCGACCGAAGCGCAAUAUGAGUCGUGCUACGCCAACGUCACGGCCGCGACAAACUGCACGCUCUCCACGGGAGCCGACACGCUCGCCUGCCUGCGCGCGGCGCCCCUCUCCGCCAUCGUCGACGCGGUCAACACCAAACCCUCGACGUGCAAGUUCCUCCCCGUCAUCGACGGCGACCUCAUCCAGGACCUGCCGAGCACGAUGCUGCGCGAGGGACGCUUCAGCAAGGUCAAUUUCGUCGGAGGCCACUGCACGGACGACGGUUCGAUCUUCGUCGGCGACCCCGCGACGUUCACGAACACCACGGAUGGGUUCGUGAGCGCUAUCAAGAAGCGCUACACGAUGUUGUCCAACGCAACCGUGCAGCGCAUGAUCGAUCUAUACCCCGAGUCCGAGUUUGGCUCUCAGUGGGAGAGAGCAGAGCAAGCCUUCGGCGACACCGUGUUCACCUGCCAAGACUGGUACAUCGCCGACAAGCUGUACAAAGCGGGCCAGAAGCACGCCUACAACUACAGGUUCAACACCCCGGACCCCGUCCAGCUCGCACAGUUCCCGUGGAAGAAGGUCAUGCACACAUCCGACCUGUUCUUCCUCUUCCAGGGUACCAACUCGGGACCUUACCCGGGCGUAGCCUCCCACUUCGCGCCGUUCAACGGCACCGAGCAGGCGCUCGCGACGGAGACGAUCGGGUACUGGACCUCGUUCGCGCGCGCGUUCGACCCGUCCACGUUCCGGGCGCGCGGGGCCCCCGCGUGGCCGGACAUGACGCACGGGCGUCUGGUCAUCCAGGAGGGGCGGAGCUUCAUCGAGCAGAGGACGGCGAAAUAUAUCGAGAGAUGCAAUUUCUGGAACGAGGUGGGAGACGAGAUCAGGGUUUGA